AUGUCGGCCACAUCUGCAACUUUCGCCAAAAAGGUCAGCAAGUUCCUCAAGAGUCUGCCGGUCAUGCCUGCGGACAUGCCUGUGGUGCACGUUCGCCCCCGUGCGCUGGGCUCUGCCAGCGCCAAGGGAAAGUCGGCGGGCCGGGCCUUAUUCAAAGUCGACAUCUCCAAACUCAAGGCUGCCUUUUUAUGGUUGAAGGCGAACAACCCAUAUUCUGCGGAAGUUGAGUGGCGGGACGACGCCGCCGACGCGUGGACCGGCGACGAGGUGGAGGUGGGCACGACGCGCGAGGCCGACAGCGACGCCUCCCAUGUCCCUCCGGUCACUCCGACAUGUUUCGCCAGGUGGAUGGAGCACGGCCGCACUGAAGCUGUUGCCAGUGACUUCGGGUACGCGAUCGGGAAAAGACUGCGAGAAGUCAUCUCGGAUGGGGAUUCUGAUGACGAGGGCCCAGGUCCCGCCGGCGCCGCAGGCUCUCGCAUGUGGGCGGAGGUCCGGCGCCUCGUUGCUGAUGUGUUCGGGAAGAGCGUCUUUCGCAUGGCCUCCACGCUUCCGCAAGAUACCCUUGCCGUGGCCUUGGCCGCGCGGGGUAUCCUAGCCCUGGGUUUACCUCGAGACGGGGACGCCACAGACACGCUUCGGGCACUCCGGACCCUCGACACAAACGAGUGCCCGGUGGACCUCCACGUGUUCCGCGCCGAGCUGGAUGCCGUCAUGAUGGAGGAGUACGACGAGGACCCACAAGUCGUUCACGCUGGCACGACCGCGUCUGCUCAGGCGGGCGACGAUGUGGGGCUGCGCCAGGGGGUGCUCGACUCGCUGGCCCACGUGGCGGAGGAGGUCAUCGGGCGGUCAGUUCAUGAGCCUGGCUCUGCCAGGCCGCGCCCGGACGCGGCGCCUGAGGUGGACGUGGCGAUGGCGGGGGAGCCAUCGAACGACGCGUCACGACAAGGACCCGCCGACGAGCCGCCCACCGCGGCGCCAGGCUCUGCCAGCGCGUGCGCCGACGAGGACCCGCUGGCCCAUGGCCGGCCAGUGAAGUACCCGCGAGUGGAUCCUCCGGAAGUGGAGGAUCAGCCCAGGCAGGCCAUACGGGAGGACACGCCUGGGUACAUUGUGAAAGCGUUCCCGAAAUUGUUUCCAUGUGGCACCGGCGACUAUCACGGCGCGAGGCCCUGCCAGCGCCGAGCGCUUCGCUUCGAGGAGUGGGGUCGGUAUGUGAUGUUGUGGCACGACGGCCGGUUCAUGCGCCGCACCCGCUUUCGGCAUUGGCUCCUGGACACCAUGCUCCGGGUCAUGAUCCCAGGCGUCCAGCGGACCUUCUUCCGCACGCGCAAGGCGUGCGAGGACUAUACUCUCGACUCGCUCAUCGACAAGACCAAACGGCGCGAGCUGGUGCAGCAGAUGUCCACUGUGACGAAUCUGAUCCCGGGAUCCAUUGGCGAGAGGCGGAAGAUGCACCAGGAGCUCGAGGCGAUGGCCCACCAGAUCGAAGCAGAGACGGCUGACCUCGGAGUGAAUGGGGGCGCCGGCAGAAUCCCGUCUGGCUUUUGCACACUCACGUGCAGCGUGUACAAAUGGGCACAGUUGCAUGCGAAGUUGCUCAAGGCGUACCCGUCCGGCGACGCUGGCGAUGCUUCAUGUAAGGAGUACUAUACGCAGUGGGAGUCCCUUCCCCCAGGCCCUGCCAGGGAGGCUGCCAUGAGAAAAACGUAUUACCAGUUGGCUGUUCGGGAUCCCGGAGCGGUGGCGUGGUAUUGCGCGGUGAAGCUGGAGAUGGCCACCGCCCUGACCGCCGCAUUGCUGACGGCACAGUUGCAGUCCGACGACGUGCCUGGGCGUGCCGACGCGCAGCAGAAAGUCGAGGCGGAGCUGGUCUCCCGCAUGGGGGUCGACAUCUCUGUGGCUGACAUCCCUGACUUGAGCCACUUCGGCCAGGUAGACGCCUGGUACGCGAGAUUCGAGUGGAGCGAGGGCGGCAUCAUCCAUGCCCACAUGGCCUUCUGGGUGAUCGGUGAUCCUCGCAUCGACAAGGUCGAGGCGCCCAGAGAAGCAGCCCCAGGCAUUGCCGGGGUGCAGAUCGAAGUGCCUCUGCCUGGCCAACAUGCGGGGUGA